GAGGUUGGCCUUCAACGGGAUGACUUCAUCCUGCUAGGCAGUUUACCGUCGCUUGGUUCACGAUUUGGAGUUCUUAUACAUCCGACAGUUGCCUUGUUAAGGCGUCCUUUCUUUCCCCGAUUGAACGUUGAUGAAGUGCAGGACACGUUCUGGAUGCCACUGGAACGUUUUCUCGACGAUUCUCUGCACAUGUCCUAUGUUAUUGACAGCAAAUACACAGUGCACAGCUUUGCGUUCGAAGAAGCACACACGUAUGGGGUGACUGCAUUGAUGUGCAUCCUGACGGCAAUGAGUGUGCUUCAGAAGAUGCCUCCCUUCGACAUCACACCGCUUCUGCCAGUUUCUCGACUUGCACAGAUGACCCCGGCUGAAGUGGUGGCCGAAGUUUGCGGAUAUGCUGGUCAGCCGUUCAUGACUACCUCCAAACUCUAG